GUCGCCGGCCCCUGGCUCAGUGCGAUCUGCUGCAUGCGCUCGGAAACGCCUCUGGAUGAGAGAUGCAGUGGCUGUAGUGAGAGACCUUUGCAGAGGAGAUGAUGGCUCCUGUACUUCGACUUAAUUACCAAUGAUCAUUGCAUUUUGCACAACUCUCCAAAGCCACAACCGGGAAGACAUGGGAUGGGCCACUGGCAUUAGACCUGGGACAUCAUCUGGCUGUGUGAUGCAUUUUGCUUCCCCAUAGAUUGUAUUGUAAGGAGCAAAAGAGCAGAGCAGCAUCUGAAUGGAAAUAUGGAAACCUUCAAUGGAGGAAUUCUGACUCAACAUGCCCAGGAACUAUGAGCCUGGUCACUCAGUAGGGAUGUUGGCUGCCGUGGAACAUGGUCCCAUCCUCUGCAGCGACUCCAACAUCCUCUGCCUCUCGUGGAAAGGCCGGGUCCCCAAGAGCGAGAAGGACAAGCCGGUGUGUCGGAGACGGUACUAUGAGGAGGGCUGGCUCGCUACGGGGAACGGGAGGGGAGUCGUCGGGGUGACGUUCACAUCGAGUCACUGCAGGAGGGACAGGAGUACACCCCAGAGAAUCAAUUUUAACCUGCGAGGACACAACAGCGAGGUUGUCUUGGUGCGUUGGAAUGAACCCUUUCAGAAGCUGGCCACCUGCGAUAUGGAGGGAGGUAUUUUUGUAUGGAUCCAGUAUGAGGGAAGAUGGUCUGUGGAGCUAGUGAACGACAGAGGAGCCCAGGUGAGUGACUUCACUUGGUCACAUGACGGAACUCAAGCCCUCAUCGCGUACAGGGACGGCUUCGUGCUGGUCGGCUCAGUGAGUGGACAAAGACACUGGUCCUCCGAGAUAAACCUGGAGAGUCAAAUCACCUGCGGCAUCUGGACACCUGAUGAUCAGCAGGUGUUGUUCGGCACAGCAGAUGGCCAGGUGAUCGUGAUGGACUGUCACGGACGGAUGCUCGCCCAUGUGCUGCUACACGAGUCCGAUGGGAUCGUGAGCAUGUCCUGGAACUGCCCCGACUUCCUGGUGGAGGACAGCACAGAAAGCGACGCCGACUCUGAUGACAAUAUUCUGCCUUUGGUGCGGAGAGUGAAGCCUUUGUUGACGGUCACCUUCCUAUCAGGAGAUAUCAGUUUAAUGAACAACUACGAUGACCUCUCUCCGGCCAUAAUUCGCUCAGGACUGAAAGAUGUUGAGGCCCAGUGGUGCUCCCAGGGAGACCUGCUGGCCGUGGCCGGCAUGGAGAGACACGGGCCUCCGGUCGACUCUGCGUGUGCAUCCAUCAUGAGGAACGCCCUGGUUAAGUUCUAUAAUGUUCAAGGAGAACACAUCUACACUUUGGAAACCCCCGCACAGAGGCCCAUCACCACCAUCUGUUGGGGCCAUCGAGACUCUCGCCUGUUCCUCGCGUGUGGACCGGCGCUGUACGUGGUGCGCGUGGAGCACAGGGUGGCCAGCCUCCAACUCCUGUGCCAGCAGGGCAUCGCCAGCGCCCUGCGAGAAGAGAAAGACGUGGGGAAGCUCAACAUGCCCUCGCUGCUCUGCUCUUACGUCACCACCGCUUUCAUACCCACCAUCAAGCCCCCAAUCCCUGACCCCAACAACAUCCGUGACUUUGUCAGCUAUCCCACAGCUGGGAACGAGAGGCUCCACUGCACCAUGAAGCGAGCGGAGGACAGCCCCGAGGCAGGCGGACCCUGCUACACCCUCUACCUAGAGUAUCUGGGAGGGCUGGUGCCUAUUCUCAAAGGAAGGCGCAUCAGCAAACUACGGCCCGAGUUUGUCAUCAUGGAUCCAAAAACAGACAGCAAAGCAGAGGAGGUGUGCGUGAAUCCCAUGAUCUCGUACAACGACAGCUGUAACUGCUCCGACUCCAGUGACAUUGAGUUGAGCGAUGAGUGGGUCGGGAAGAAGUCACCCAAGUUGUCCCGAGGAAACAGGUCACCUAAACGCUACAUGAUGAACAUGGACUUGAGAAAAUCUCCCAAACUCUCACGGGCCAAUCUGGAAGGUCAGAGGUCGCCGCGUUUACCAACUAAGAGGCCUCCAGUUCGGUCUCCCAGUCUGACACGUCGGGAGUUUUCUAUGGACAUCACAGAGCACAACUACCUCGCUCAAGUUACAUCCAACAUUUGGGGGACAAAGUUCAAAAUUGUCGGACUUGCUACGUUCCUCCCUGCCAACCUCGGUGCAGUCAUCUAUAAGACCAGUUUACUUCAUUUGCAACCGAGGCAGAUGACAAUCUACCUGCCGGAAGUGCGAAAGAUUACCCAUGACUUUAUGAGCCUGCCUGUGUUCAACCCCAAUGUGUUCAGUGAGGAUGAGGACGACUUACCAGUGAUGGGGCCCUCUGGAGUGGCCGGAGACAACCCUGCCUGCACGGUCAACAUUCCCAUUGCUCCCAUCCACAGCCCGGCUCAGGCCAUGUCCCCGACUCAGAGUAUUGGCCUGGUUCAGUCUCUUCUGGCCAAUCAGAAUAUUCAGCUUGAUGUUCUGACCAACCCCACGGCCACUGCGGCUGCAGCGGCUGCGGCUGCAGCGGCUUCUGUCCCUGUCACUGAUCAUGGCCAGGAUGCAGUUGCAACACCGUACCAAGUGCCAUCUAGAUACUCAAACCCUGGUCAGGUGAGCUUCAACGGGCUGGAGAUGGGCCCUCUUCUUCCCGGGACUCUACCACCGCCACCUCCGCCUCACCACCCCCCACCGCAGCCUCACGCGCCGCGGUCUCAUUCGCAGCCGCCUCGCCAGCAACAGUUGAAACAGUCACAACAAAUGCAGGCGCAGCAGCAGAAGUUGCAUCAUCAUCAACAGCAGCAGCAGCAGCAGCAGCAACACCACCAUCAGCUGCAGUCGCAGCAGCAGCAGCAGCUGCAGCACUUGCAGCAGCAGCAACAGCAAUUACAGCAGCAGCAUCAGCAGCUGCAGCAACUGCACCACCAGCAGACGCUACAACAGCAGCAGCAGCAACAACAACUCCAGGCUCAGCAACACCAACAAAUGCAACAGAGUCAACAGCAAGUGUCGAGCCAGCAGCUGCAGCACCAACACCAAAUCCAGCAGCAGCAGCAGCAGAUACAGCUGCAGCAUGAGCAAAUGCAGCAGCAGCAGCAGCAGAUGCAGCAGCAGCAGCAGCAAAUCCGCCAACAGAUUCAGGAGAUGAGGCAGCAGCAGCAGCAGCUCCAGCAGCAGCACCAACAGAUCCAGCAGCAACAUCAGCAGAUGCAGAGGCAGCACCAGCAAAUGCAGCAGCAGCUGAAGAUGCAGAUGUCGCUGCCUCCUCCUCCGUCCGGCUACCCGACCAUUUCCAUACAGCAGCUUCAUAUUCUCCCUCAAAUGCCCCUUCCGUCCUCUGAGCCAGGGCUAGACAGGGGCGAGCAUGGGCACACUCUGAAGCCAAGUCUGCCGCGGACUCUACCGCCCUCCUUCAGUGACACCGACGGAACCGUGGAGAUUCAGAUGAGGAAGGUGAAUCCUCCUCCGCCGUAUCCGGGCACCGUCGUAUCUGCAGCUGCAGCCGCGGCUUCAGCGUCCGCUGUACCUCAGACUCUUGUCACAAACUGUGACAGUCCAAGUGUCCUGGCGCCCGACCCCUGUCUGAAGAAGGAUGACUUCUUGCUUCACCCCAUCACUUUACAGUACCCGACACCUCUGGGGUAUGAAAGGAUCACGACCUUUGACAGCAGUGGCAACGUCGAGGAGGUUUGUCGGCCACGCAGGCGCCUCAUUCGAAACCAAAAUGCGUACGCCGUGCAUGGCAUCGGAGGCUCGGCCACGCUCAAAGUCACCUCCUCUGAGAACAAGAAAAUCCAGCUUCCGUACAGCUCAGCGACACUGAGCCGUCUCUCGGUCCCUCGAUACUCGAUACCGAGUGGAGACCCUCCUCCUUACCCCGAUCCGGCCAAUCAAGUGACUGCCCCUCUUCCUCCCCCCCAGAGAAUCGACAGCAGUCUCAUCCAUGCCACUCUACGUCGUGACCGCCGGGACGUGGGACUCAAAGUGCCACAGAUGAUGGAAAGCUCGAGAACCCUUCCCACCAAGGCCAAAAUGAACAGUGCAUUAGCGCUCACCUACCAGCAGAGGGUGCCCACUGCCCUCUACACAUGCACACAGUGCAGCAGCGGCAGCAACGGCACCAGUGUCAGUGUUAGUGGGGGUGGAACUACGAGUAGUGGUAUUGCAGGGGGCACGGUGGUGAGGCAGGACUUCCCACCAGGGAAAGGUGCACACCACAGCACGAUUAUUGUGCACUCCAAGAGCACCUCACCUCUGGCCUCCCAGUCGUCCUACAGUCUGCUGGGUGCGGUCGACAACAGCCGGGACAGGACGGUAUAUGUGAACUCUGCCUUUACCGAAGACGAGACUUUGAAUCAGCAGUGUCACCUCGAGAAAUCUGUUCGUCAGCUGACUCUCGGCGAUGUCAGUUUGACGCUGAAGCGCCCCCCGCCUUACCAGUGGGACACGGCCGCCGCGGAGGAGUUUUGGCUCACCCCUGAGCAAGCCAUGUUGGGUCCCCCACCAGGACCUCACAAACCACCUCCACUCAUCAUCAGUCAAGCUCAGCACUUGGACAUGACCCGCCUUCCCUUUGUCCUCACAACGAAACCGCCCACCAGUCCGAGCACGAGCACCCUGACCUUCCCAUCCGGCUACCAGAUAUCCCUCUCACCUUUUCCUCCGGGUGUGGGCCACAGCGGACCGCAGCUUCAGACCUUACAGACCCCUCCGCCACAGUGCUCUCCGAGCGAAGUGGUCGCCCAGGUACCUUUUGCUCAGCAGGAUGCCAGUUUGGUUUUGCCACCAGGUUACCCUCCGAAUCUUGCCAACUUGGCCUGCUGCCCUCUCCCUCCGAUGUAUCCCGGAGCCAGCUCAUGUUCCGGACUCCAGCUGCACCCUGUCAGCCUUCACCCCUGGAACCCGUACCCCUGCCCACCACCCAUGCAGGACCCUCCGGCGCCCCCCCUGCCUACGAAAACUCAUCAGAUUUUAGAGAAGCCAAUUCUCUCGCCGCCUCCUCCAACUGUGCCGCCUCCACCGCCUCCUCUCCCCCCUCCGCCACCACCGACUCAGCUACCGCCGUCCAAAAGUGCCACAGAGGAUUUGACAGAGUCUGCAAACAACUUUCCAGAGCCGUCGUCCCUGAAUGACAGCCCUGUGCCCCAGGAGUCGGAGCGCUUCAACAAGAAGAGCCGUAAGAGGCUGGACAGCCGGGCCGAGGAGGCCAACAUGUCCACCGUCUCUGAGGGCAAAUCCAGAAAGGAAGGGCGAGCACUCUCCGACUUCAACUCGCUCAUUUCCAGCCCAAGGCUCGGCAGCAGGGAGAAGAAGAAGCCCAAGGGGCAGAGAGAGCAACUCAACAAAACCAAGAAGAUGAGCAGGACCACAAAUGAGUUCCAGGAUAGCUCCGAGAGUGAGCCGGAGCUGUUCAUCAGUGGCGACGAGCUCAUGAACCAGAACCAGAGCAGCAAGAAGAGCUGGAAGAACAAGCGCAGCCUGCGCAUGGCGAGCGAGCUGGAGGAGAUCAAAUGCCGCAAGGCAAACGAAAGAGAGGACCGCAGCUUAGGCAGCCAGGGGUUUGUCUAUGUCAUGGCCAAUAAACAGCCGUUGUGGAAUGAAGCCACGCAGGUCUACCAGCUGGACUUUGGCGGACGGGUCACCCAGGAGUCUGCGAAGAAUUUUCAGAUAGAGUUGGACGGUAGACAGGUGAUGCAGUUCGGGAGGAUUGACGGCAACGCUUAUAUCCUGGAUUUCCAGUAUCCUUUCUCAGCAGUGCAGGCAUUUGCUGUUGCCCUGGCCAACGUGACUCAAAGGCUGAAGUGAAAAUUAGAUUUUCUGCGCGGUUGCAGAUUAAUCUGAGAGAAGCCACAGUGGCGUUGCCGUGCAGCCCUCAGUGAGGGGGCGUUUGUUUCCCGAAGAGGAGAUUAUAACACAAGUUGUUCUCGCACAUGCAGAUAAAUUACAUUUAUUAAUGUAACAUUAUUAACAUCUAUUGGAGUCAGUGUAGGUCAUUGUUGAAGAAAACUAUCCCAGUUCAACCAUGAUUUCUAGUUCAUAUAUUGAAUGUAUUCAAGCAAAUUUUAUUUAUUAUUCAAAUGUUAUUACUGGAAUAAAAAACAAAGUGUAAUCUUCAUUGGGUAAAAGGUAAUCUGAAUACAUGUUGGAAUAAAUUUAUUUGAAAAGCAGCCUUGUAGAGAUGUAGGGCCAAAGACUUCCCGGUUUAUAAAUGCUGACUAAUCGAUCCCACUGUAUUACAAAUCAUUCACCAUUACUGUACAUUCGUGGUGUUUGCAAAUGAAGUGGUCACGGCAAAUAUUGUGAGGUGCGGCGACAUUCAAAAUUGCAAAUACAAUUUUACAAAGCCAUACCAAAAUUGAUACAAACAAUUCCAACAAAUUGCACUAUUUUAAUUCAGUUUAAGUUUAAGUUUAUGUUAGAUUAAGUAAAUGAAGUAUACAGUUUUAUUAUGAGUAUUACAAUUAUUGUUAUUGGUGUUUCAAUACAUUUUUGUAUCUUUAUUAUUCAUUUUUUGGGGAGUUUUCCAUAUUUUUUCUGUUGAACAUGCAUUAGAAAAAUAUAUUGAUUGAAUAUACUGAUUUUGUUAAAUGCAUCUAUGUGACUGUACUCAGUUAACCAUGGUUAAUUAAGUACAGUUAACCAUAGUUUGUAUAUUUUCUAUCCAUGUUACUUCUAUGAAGUGGUGUAAUGGACAUAACGAUUCAUGUUCUUUUAUUUUGCCACAAUACUGCAAAUCCUUAUUCAAGGCCAUUAGAAUCUGACAAAUUCAUGUGUACAAUUUGAUUUAUCCUUCCUCUACAGUGGCGGAAAUUGUCAGUAGUGGUCAACAGUGAGUCUACGUGUGCCAAAUAGAGCCAAAUGUGUUUGGUUGAAUGUAAAGUCAGUUGGGAAAAAUAGUACAAAAGGAUCUCACGAAGGCUCUCAGCCCCCAAA